CCUCUCCGCCGGAGCGAAGUCGGCCGCACGCAUCCGGACGCAGCGUGUUUUGGAGCGUCGUCUGGUCGUCCGAUGGAUUCCUCUUCCUCCUCCCUCGACGACCUCGUUCACUCCGUCGGCCUCUAUGUCCCUCGGCCCCUGAUCCUCCACGGAUACAUAUUCCCGUUCCUCAUCCUCUACGGGAUAUGGGGAUGGGCGUGGGUGGCCGUGUAUGGCUGGGAAGAGUACUUUGAAGCGGGGCUCAUAGCGCUGGCGGGGGUCGGCUGCCUGCAGAUCCUGACGUGCCUCUUCUGCCACUGGUCUGUUCACGUGCGCUGCCUCUUCACCUGCAGGAGGGAGAAUGAUCCAAGACUGGCAACAGUUGCAAAAGUUGUGCCAACUCCCAACAACGGUUCGCCUGAACUCGUUAAAGUACACAAAACUUUAAUAAGCAAAGACGCACCAGAGAAGAGCAUAUGGUUCAUCUUUCAAAAGACAAAGUACAUCUGGGACAGUGAAGAGAGGAAACAGUUCGUCGGUCUCAAGUUUCCCAUCGAUCAUCAGUUACGAACGUACACAGAAUGGCGUGGAUACCAGGAGGACACAGACCUGGCUGCGGCAGAAGGGAGAUAUGGCAAAAACGAACUUCAGAUGGAUGUUCCAGAAUUUAUGGACCUCUUCAGAGAAAGAGCAACAGCCCCAUUCUUUGUAUUUCAGGUGUUCUGUGUUGGGCUCUGGUGCCUGGAUGAGUACUGGUAUUACUCUCUCUUCACUCUCUUUAUGCUGGUUAUCUUUGAGUGCACUCUGGUUCAGCAACAGUUGAGAAACAUGUCCGAAAUUAGGAAGAUGGGAGCCAAACCAUACAUGAUACAGGUGUACCGUAACAAGAGGUGGAGAUCAAUAAUGACAGACCAGCUUGUACCAGGAGAUGUCGUGAGCGUUGGUCGCAGCCAGAAUGACAACCUUGUUCCCUGUGACCUGCUGCUGCUUCGUGGCCCCUGUGUUGUGGAUGAGAGCAUGCUCACUGGUGAGUCUGUGCCUCAAAUGAAAGAAAGCCUUGAGGCAGUCGAAUUGGACCGUGAGUUGGACCUUGCCACAGAUGCCAAGUUGCAUGUGUUGUUUGGGGGCACGAAAGUCGUUCAGCAUACCCCUCCCAGCAAAACUGUAACUGGCUUGAGAGCUCCAGACAAUGGUUGUGUGUGCUACGUGUUGCGCACCAACUUCAACACUGCCCAGGGGAAACUGUUGCGGACGAUCCUCUAUGGUGUCAGUCGUGUCACCGCAAAUAACCUGGAGACAUUCGCAUUCAUUCUUUUCCUGUUGAUAUUUGCCAUUGCUGCUGCUUCAUAUGUGUGGAUUAAAGGCACAGAGGACCCCAACAGGAACCGGUACAAGCUGUUCCUGGAGUGCACACUUAUCCUGACCUCUGUGGUGCCGCCAGAGCUCCCAAUAGAACUGUCAUUGGCGGUCAACACCUCACUUUUAUCACUUUCCAAGUUGUUUGUCUAUUGCACUGAGCCCUUCCGCAUUCCCUUUGCCGGAAAGAUUGAUGUGUGCUGCUUCGACAAGACAGGAACUCUGACCAGUGAUGACCUGGUGGUGGAAGGUGUUGCAGGCUUAGACGGCACUAGCAAAGUGGUGCCAGUUGGGGAAGCUCCUCUUGAAACCAUACAGGUGGUGGCAUCAUGUCAUUCUCUAGUCCAGUUGGAAGAUGGUCUUGUUGGAGAUCCUCAAGAAAAAGCCACGCUGGCAGCCAUUGAUUGGACAGUGACCAAAGGUGAAGCUGUUGUGCCACGGAAAGGAAAGGCUCCAGGUAUGAAGAUAUUCCACCGUUUCCACUUUUCAUCCCAGUUGAAGCGAAUGUCGGUAAUCACUGGAUUUACCCAGCCUGGUUCCGCCGAUGUCAUGUAUUUGGCAACUGUGAAAGGUGCACCGGAAACUUUAAGACCCAUGUUCUCCUCACUACCACCAAACUAUGACAAUGUAUACUUGGAGCUGUCUCGCCGUGGAGCCCGAGUUUUAGCUCUUGGAAGAAAAGAGCUUGGCAGACUCUCACACGCUGAGGUACGAGAAACGACACGUGAAGCCUUGGAAUGCAAGCUGACCUUUGCUGGUUUUAUCAUCAUCUCCUGUCCACUGAAGAGGGACUCAAAGGAGGUCAUUAAAGAAGUGCUUCAGAGCUCACACGGGGUGGUCAUGAUUACUGGUGACAAUUCACUGACUGCUUGCCAUGUUGCAAAAGAGUUGAAAUUUACACAUAAGAAGGCAACAUUAGUUCUUCAGAACUAUAACCAAGACCGAUGGGGUUGGGAGAGCAUCGACCAGACAAUCAAGAUGGAAGUCAUACCCACCAAUGAGAUCAAAGAUAUGAAGAAUGGUUUCUUCAGGACGUACGACUUCUGCAUCACAGGAGAAGGCUUAGCUUGGCUGAAAAGACAGCAUCCCAAAUUCUUCAAGGACAUUCUUCCACACGUAAGAGUCUUUGCUCGCGUGGCCCCUAAACAAAAGGAAUUUGUAAUAACUGCAUACAAAAGCUUGGGUUACACAACGCUCAUGUGUGGUGAUGGCACUAAUGAUGUCGGUGCACUGAAGCAUGCUCACUGUGGUGUGGCUAUCCUCUCCAAUGCCCCUGAUCGUCCACCACAGAGAAAGAAGCGCAGUGAUGACCCCAACAAUGGCAUGACACCAGGAAUGUCGGAGAAGCUGGAAAGUGCAAGGAAAUUAGCAAGGAAGGUUGAGAAGCAGAAAGCACAAACUCCACCAGCAAGCUCAAGACAGUCGAAAAUGACACCUCAGCAGGAACAAAUAACAAAGGCACAAGCCCAGUUACAAAAGCUUCUUCAGGAGCUUGAGGAAGAGAAUAACCCGGUAGUGAAGCUAGGUGAUGCUUCGAUUGCAGCACCUUUCACGUCAAAGCUUUCAUCUAUACAGUGUGUGUGCCACAUUAUCAAGCAAGGCAGAUGUACCCUUGUGACAACUCUACAGAUGUUCAAAAUUUUAGCGCUGAAUGCCCUCAUUUUGGCGUAUUCUCAGUCUGUUUUGUACCUGGAUGGCAUCAAGUUCUCUGACUACCAGGCCACGCUGCAAGGCCUCCUCCUUGCAGCCUGCUUCUUAUUUAUUUCGCGCUCAAAGCCACUAAAAGUCCUCAGUAAAGAGAGGCCGCUACCAAACAUUUUUAAUGUGUACACAAUCAUGACGGUGCUGCUACAGUUCGCAGUCCACUUCACAUGUCUCUGGUUCUUGGUUAACCAGGCCAAUGAAUGGUCUCCACCAAAAGACAAGUUUGUUGACCUAGAAAAGGAAUUUGAACCCAGUCUUUUGAAUAGUACAGUGUAUGUCAUCUCCAUGACACUACAAAUAUCAACAUUUGCUAUCAACUACAGGGGCCAUCCAUUUAUGGAAUCUCUGCUAGAAAACAAGGCUCUGCUGUACAGUCUGCUGGGCUCUGGCGGCGUGGUUUUGGCUCUGGCCGUGGGCAUCGUUCCAGAAUUUGCUCAACAAUUUGAGAUUGUUGAUUUCCCUCCUGAGUACCGCAUUAUUCUGGUGAAGGUGCUUGUGGCCGAUUUUACCCUGUCACUUAUUGCCGAUAGGGUUUGCCUCUUCCUGUUUGGCGAAGGAAGAUUACCAUCAGAAUUAAGGAAGAUAGCAUAGAAGAAAUAGUCAUCUUUAGGAUGUAUUUAAAGGAGAAUUUGAUAAUGAAAUAUAUAUAUAUAUAUAUACUUAUUCAGAUUAUACAGUUGGUUGGUUCUUGGAAUCAUGAUCCAUUUGUAAUUCCUUGGAUAUUUUUGAAAUUCAAUGAAUUUUAAUCUGUUAGGAAUUCAAUGUUAAUGCAUUUAGAUGGCUGAUGUCACAUUAUGGUUUAUGUUAUUCUCUGAAGACACUUUUGUAAGGAAAUGUAAUUUAGUCUGCAGUAGGUGGUUGUGGUUGCAAAAUUUAUAUUGUACUGUAUGUUUUAACACUUAAUUAUCUUCUAUAAAACUACAGUGAUUUUUGUGCAGUGACAAUGUUAAUAGUUCUGAAUAUUCAGAUUUUUCUUGGCCUUUCAUAUUAGCUGCAUUGCUAAAAAUCAGUUCAAUAUGACCCUGCUCAUAGAUAUGUAUUCGUACCCUGUACCGUGUCUAUCGAUUCAAUUGCAGUUUUAUUAAGAUUUAUUUUUAAUUGGUAAUUGCUCAAUCUUGUCAUACUUUUUAUAUUGAAGAAUGUCAUUGAUGGCAAUGGGAGUAAAGCUUAGAUAAAACAAAGAGAUCUUCUGACAUUACUGGGUUUAAUUAACCUCCAGAUAAGUCCACCAGUAUACCAUUUUCCUAGCCUUCAUAUGCAGGUAGAUUCUCUUUAGGCGACUUCUUUCUGACUCAGAAAAGGGAUUUACACUUGAUGUGAUACUUUUGUAUAGUAUGUCAACCACAAUAUCUGAAUAUUAAUUUGAACUAUAAUGUUGUAAUCAAUAAAUCAGAGAAAAUAUGUAUCCAUUUUCCCAUUA